UUAGAGUUGGCAACACUUGCCACUUUGCACAAAUUUGAACUUUGGAAUCAUUCUUUACUUUGAUUAUUGAUAUCAUUAACAGCAAACAAUAUUACUUACGGUGACUUUUUUUGCUAAUAAAUAAAUAUACUAAUAAUACGCAAUGAUUCAAUUUGGAAUAAUUAGUAGAAAGUUUUCAAGUUCCUCCACAGUCCAAAGUGCCAUAAAAAAUGUAACUAUUAUUGGAGGUGGUCUUAUGGGAUCUGGAAUUGCACAGGUGACUGCUCAGGCUGGACAAGAUGUAACAUUAGUGGAUGUGAAUUCUGAUGUUCUUGCAAAAUCACAGAAAUCCAUCAGUAACAGCUUAAACAAAAUUUCUAAAAAGAUUCACAAAGACAACCCUCAGGAAGCUGAAAAAUUUGCAAAAGAGGCUAUUGCUCGCAUUAAGACAUCUACAGAUCUAGUCAGUGCUGUUAAAGAAACUGAUUUAGUUAUUGAAGCAAUUGUUGAAAACCUUGAAGUUAAACAUUCCCUCUUUCAAAAACUUGAUAAUGCAGCACCUGCCCACACAAUAUUUGCUUCAAACACAUCAUCACUUUCUAUUAAUGAAAUUGCAUCUGUUGUAAAGAGGAAAGAUAAGUUUGGUGGUCUUCAUUUUUUUAACCCUGUGCCCAUAAUGCGUCUCCUAGAAGUAGUGCGUGGUAUGGACACAACAGACAUCACCUUCAGUACUAUGAUGGAAUGGGGCAAGUCUGUUGGCAAGACUUGUGUGUCGUGUAAGGACACACCCGGCUUUAUUGUGAACAGACUGCUAGUUCCCUACAUUGCUGAGGCCAUAAGGUUGUUAGAAAGAGGUGAUGCUUCUGCACGAGACAUUGACAUAGCAAUGAAACUGGGUGCAGCAUACCCAAUGGGCCCCAUGGAAUUAGCAGACUAUGUUGGACUUGAUACAACCAAGUUCAUACUUGAUGGGUGGUCCAAGAAAUACCCUGAUCAACCACUAUUCCGUCCUAUUCCUACCCUUAAUAAAUUAGUUGGUGAAGGAAAGCUCGGUGUUAAGAGUGGUGAGGGAUUCUAUAAGUAUGAAAAGAAAUAAACAUAAUAUCUUUGAAUUGUAAUACAAAAAUCACAAGAAUUUUAAAAAGUAUUUUUAGCCUAUAUUUUUAUAACAUUUUUUCAUUUACAGUGUUUAUAUUUACUGUUUUUUAAUAACCUAUAAGUCUACAUGAAAAUUUAAGUUUUAGUUAAGAAAUAUAUUUUUGUAUUAUAUUGA